AAAAUUUCCCUAUUCAUUUUCGAUUCCGCUAGAGCUCGUACGCAAGAGCCAUUUUCGUCCUGUGCAGACAGAGGGAAGAAACAAGUCCUCCACUCUCACAUGCGAAGCUCUUUUAGCUCCUGACUUCUCCCUUGCCUUUCGCGAAUCUCCUCUCUUUAGUCCAUUGAGCAAGCGAUUAAACUCUAUUGGUAUAAAGUGGGCAAAAGGCCUAGCCAAGAGCAAGCUCUCGAGAAAGGGAGUAACAUCUUUGUCGGAAUUCAAGUUUGAAAACCACCGGGUAAUUAUUCUUGUCCCGUGCUCUAAUAUUUCUACUCAGUGAGAAUUAUGGAAAAUUGUCAAGCUUCUCCAAUGAUUCAACACAGAACAAUGUGAAUUAGCUUUCGCUUUAAUGAAUUUUGUGAUCAAUUAGGGUUUAGGUAUUUCGUUUCCUUGUGAAUCGUAGGGAAUUUUUUUAUAUUUAUUUUUGGCUUAUCGGAAAACCGGCUUGAAGAUAUGAAGGGACGGUCUCACCGUCUCCAGAGUCAUGACUUGCACGAGGACUGGGUCGAUGGCUCCUGGACGGUGGAUUGCGUGUGCGGUGUGACUUUCGAUGAUGGGGAAGAGAUGGUCAAUUGUGAUGAGUGUGGUGUGUGGGUGCACACUCGCUGCUCUAGGUACGUGAAGGGGGAUGAGUUAUUUGCGUGUGAUAAGUGCAAGAGCAAGAACAAUAGAGAGGAUAGUGAGGAAACUGAGGUUGCUCAGUUGCUGGUUGAAUUGCCCACCAAAACUAUCCGACUAGAGGGUAGUUAUGUGCCAAAUGGGCCACCACGCCGGCCUUUUAGGCUCUGGACUGAUAUACCAAUGGAGGAGAGAGUGCAUGUGCAGGGAAUUCCUGGUGGUGAUCCUUCAUUAUUUUCUGGGUUGUCAUCUGUUUUUACUCCAGAGUUGUGGAAGUGCACCGGAUAUGUGCCUAAGAAAUUUAAUUUUCAGUAUAGGGAGUUUCCAUGCUGGGAUGAAAAAGAGAGUGGUGAAAGUGGAAAUGAGCAAGAGAAUACUGUUGAUAAAGGUGCAGGUGUUUUGUUUUCAUUGGCAAAGGAGAGUGUCUUGGAAACCCCUGCAGCGGCUUUGGUUGGUACGAGGGGAAGAGGCGUGGAAGGCAGUUUUGAUAGGAAACAAUACUCGAAAGAAAGGAAGAAUUGGGUGAAUGAGGAUGGUGAGGUUAGGCAUUUGCAGAUUGGGGUUAAAAAGCAGAGAAGCUUACUUCAGCCGCUUGUGAUACAUUCCAGUAAGAGAAAGAAAGAAGAUCUGGGAAUGCCCAAAGAGCGAAGUGGAAAGAAGAAGGCCAGAGCUGUAUGUAAGGAAAUGGAUACAAAGAAGAGGGGUUUGCAUGUUUCUAGAACAGCAUUUACAUCCACCAGUGAUGCAAAACCAUUGGAAUUUUAUGAAGACAGAGGUCCGAAGUCUAUCAAGAAUGAUAGCCAGAGUAAUAAGAACCAGAAUCCAAGAGACUCCAUAAUUCAGGAGCAUGAAUCAGAACGUUAUGUUUCUGUGGACAAUGCUAAUGAGAAGUCCAAAAAUAGUGUGGUGGUGGUUGAGCGCUCUUCAGAAAUUUUGUCUGCUGGCAUUGAUAGACAUAAUUUUUCAACUGGAGCUGAUCAAAAUGAAGGGAAAGCUAGCCAUAAAGGCCCAGAAGCAGUUGAUGGUUCUUCCAAAUUUGAUAAUCUAGCUGCCUCAGUACCCAAACAAAACGAUAUUGGGGGAACCCCUGCAGGACAAGAGGGAAAUAACAUGCCAAAUGAUAAUCUUGAUAACAAUAUAGAAAAUUCUGCUGGAAGUGAAGUCAAGCCUCCAACUGGUAAGCGGGCAUGCUCUGUUCCAGAAGGCAAGGAUAAUCAGAGUAAUGGUGAUCAUGACAUGUUUCUCAGUUCCUUUAAGCCCAAUGUUAAAGUACAUGUAGAUGAUGACGAUCCUAGGAGGGUCUUGAAUGGCCAAUCUUCUGUUGGGGAUGUGAAAGAUAUUCGGCUUUCUUGUGAUAACAUUACUGAAAAUUCUGAAAGGAAUAGUACAUUUUUUAAUGGCUCAUCAUCAGGCGACCAUACAGCUCAAGAACUUGACAGAGCAUCAGAAGCAGUCAGUGAUUGUCAUGCAGAUAAACAGAAUGAACUAGUUACUGAUCCUUUUCCAAUUAAACAAGAAUUGGAAGGGUCUGAGGGUUCAUUUCCAUUGCAAAAAUGCCCUUCAGAACCAAAACUUGAUUCAGCAUAUGCUACAGAACCAUCAAAGUCAAGUGGAACCACAUUUAAUGCUUCACUGUUGCCCAGCCAGAAUAAACUUGUUCUAUGUGUUGGAAAAUCAUCUUCCACUUCAUCCACUACCAUCAUCUCCAAACCUUCUGCUUGUGACAAUUUUAGAUCUGCAGAUACUCUGGAUUCUAAUGCUAAUACUAAGAAACAAGCUACAUCUGAGUGUAAUUCUAACAUUAAGAAAGAUCAACCCACAAGUGAUAUUGUCAAGGUCAAGGAUGAAGAUGGUCAGGAAAUGUCGAGAAGAACAGUAAAAGAGUGUCCAAAAUCCAGUUUAAAUUCUACUUCAAAAGUGUCAAACUCAAACAAGAUUUCACAUACAUCUGUUAUUAAGAGAACCAUUUUUUAUUCAAAAGAUUCUGCACAUUACUCAUGUUGUAAAACUUCUUCGGCACUGAAUUUGUGUGAGACUACUGGAUUGCUGCAAAAUGAAUGUGCUUCACAGGUACAGAAUAAGGCAUCACCUUCAGGUUUGCCUCUAAGAGGUGAAAAGUUUAAUCAGUCUAAUAGCCAGUCAUCAUCCAAAGCAAAUCAAACGUCAUCUAUGAAUCCUCCACCAUCUACCAAUUCUUCUGCGACUUUGAGUGAUGAAGAGCUUGCUUUGCUUUUGCAUCAAGAACUCAAUAGUUCUCCUAGAGUUCCUCGUGUUCCACGUGUUCGUCAUGCAGGCAGCUUGCCGCAGUUGGCUUCUCCAACUGCAACAAGCAUGUUAAUAAAACGUACAUCUAGUUCUGGAGGAAGGGAUCACAGUUUGGUCUCUAGAAGGAAAAAUAAGGAUGCAUCUAAAGAUGGGUUUUCCCGUUCUCAUGAGCCUGAUGAUGAGGCAAAAAAGACUGAUAGAAUGCCAUCUUCACCUGAUCAGAGAAGACAAGAUACAGGAUACACAGUUGAUGAUUCGGCUAAAAGAGAGGAUAAAGGAUCUCCAAUAGCAAUGCAUCCUGUCAAGAAAAAUGUCACUCCUGCCUCCACCUCAACUGCAAAUAGUGGCCCAUCUUCCUCUACUGAGGUUAAUGACCAUCAUUUAUCUUCCAUACGGAAUUCUCCAAGAAACAUGUCUGAUGAGGAGACAGGCACUGUUCGGGGUCCUGUUCAUCGCACUUUACCAGGCUUAAUCAAUGAGAUUAUGAGCAAAGGCAAGCGCAUGACUUAUGAAGAACUCUGUAAUGCUGUCUUGCCGCACUGGCAUAACUUGAGGAAACAUAAUGGAGAACGAUAUGCGUAUUCAAGUCAUUCUCAGGCUGUUCUUGACUGCCUUAGGAACCGACAUGAAUGGGCUCGGUUGGUGGAUCGAGGUCCCAAGACAAAUUCAAGCAGAAAAAGGCGUAAGCUUGAUACUGAGGAAUCAGAAGAUACUGACUAUGGGAAGGGAAGAACUGCAAAGGAAGGUGAAGGUAAAAGUCUUGAGUCACAGAGAGAAGAGUUUCCCAAGGGUAAGCGGAAAGCAAGGAAACGGAGGCGUCUGGCUUUGCAAGGAAGAAGAAUAAAGGAGAUUAGGAAGAGGCGGAAGGCAGAUUUGCUCACUGAUGAUGAUAGCGGGCCAUUUUCUAAUUCAAGCGAAGAUAGUUUGUUCAGUGAAGAUGAGAUUCAAGAUGGUGGAGCUGGUCAAGUUGGAAGUGAGGCCUCAGCUACCUCAGAUGAGGCAGGGACAAUGUAAUUCUUGAUGUGUGCUGUGCAAUGGGUUUUGGACUGUGUUCUCGAGUUCAUAAGUCUCUGGUGAUGUGUGCUGUGCAAUGGGUUCCCUUUGGGGCGGCUACCGCUACUGGUAGUUUCAUGAAUUUGGGGAAUUUUACCAAGUUGUUAGGGUGUGGUAAGCACUGAUGUCAAUGGAAGUCUUGCUAGUGUACAUAUUUAAUUUUUGUAACUUCAUAUAGGCCUUUAUUUUUUGUCCAGU